AUGUAAUAAGCAGAGGAAACAUAAGAGAAAAAAGAAAAUGAGAUGUCUCAUAAUAUUUCAGUUUAGAAUUUGAUGGACAAGAUAAAGAUCUUUUUAAUAAUGAGACAAUUGAAGGAGGAUAGUAUUCCUAUUGAGAUCAUUCCCAAUCUCUACUUGGGCUGUUUGGGAUGUGCAUUAAAUAAAAAGAAGCUUUUGGAAUCAAACAUUAAAUUUAUUCUGUCUGCUUGUGAGAUGCCAUAGGCGCCAUUUUCUAAAGAUUUCGCAUCUCUGAUCAUCAACAUCAACGAUAGCGUAGAUCAGGACAUAAAAUCAAAAUUUGAUGAGUCUAAUGCAUUUAUUGAAAAUGCUGUAAACACUCAAUAAAACAUCCUUGUUCAUUGUUUUGCUGGAAAAUCGAGAUCAACUACGUUCAUUAUUGCCUACUUAAUCAAGAAUCACAAAAUGACUGUUAAUGAUGCUUUGGAAUUAGUAAAAACUAAAAGACCAAUAGCUUAACCGAACACAGGAUUCAUGAAACAACUUCAGUAAUAUUAUGAUACAUUAUACAAUACAAUAAUACCUGUUGAGAAACAGUAAGAAUGA